AUGGUCGACCAUGAGGUUCAGCGCGUAUUCGAUGCGUCCGAUCAGUGGAGGGUGAGCGUGUCCGAUGUCUGGGAUGUCCUAGGGCCCUUUCCUAUACAUGCAAGGGAGCAACAGUUUUUGUCUCCUGCUUUCCCGCUCAAUCUCUCUGAACCGAUAAAUUUUAAUGCAAAGUGGCCGUCUUCCUAUGCGGAUAAUGGAAAUGUGGGGUGGACGACUGCACAAGGCGGAAAAAAUGGCGUUUUAGACGUAUCCUUCCCGGGAAUCCGAGAAACUGAGGGGUGGGCAGGACUGCAGCACCACGCCGUACUUCGCACCUCCGUCACCCUGUAUCCUCCCACUUCGCUUGAUUCCUGGUCUAGCAAGCCUCCCCAUCUCCUCGUUGAUCUGGCGCAAGGAUCAUUCUUCACCAUCUUACCACGAGCCUCCCAGGAUGAAUCAUUCAAUCUAGGACAUGACGCACUACGAUGGUAUUCGGGCAAUAUCUACGCAAUGACCAGUUCGCCAUCACAACCAGUCCGGCUUCCUGUCGCUCCAUCCACAACGUCCCCCACUACCUAUGAUGUUUUCGUGAGCGGAGAUUACGAGAUCAGGCUGUUUGGCGAUCCUCUUUAUAAUGGAAACCGCGAUGGCAUACCAGUUCUCUCGAUAACACUCUCAAUAUCUAUUGAGCCUGAACCACUAGUCGACACAGUCGUUCACAUGGCCUCUCAUGACGUGUCGUGUGAUUUUGUGGACGGCUGGUCCUUCGGAAAUGCGCUUGGCGUUGGAAUCCGGAGCGUUUCGGGCUGGUGGACCGUGAAAGAUAUUGUGUUAGCAGUUGCGCCUGCAGAUGUGAAUGUCUCAAUAGUGGAUGAAAUACGCGUCGCUCCUAUGCAAACCCGUAUAAUCCCCAUCCGCUUCUCUCAGAGCGUACCUUUUUACGAAAAAGAACUGCGUCUCGCCUUACAUCUUGUGUCAGAAACUGCAUCGGAAAUUCUUCAGGUUGUCCUACCCGUCAACCAGCACAAGCAUUGGGCAGACUCUGAAUUGUCCACGGACGGAAUUAAGGCAACCUAUUUCUUUGCGACGUCCAUGCCGACGGCUUUUCUUGUGAAACCGCCGGAGAAAGAGAAUGAAGGCACUCCCCGUCCUCCCGUGCUGGCUUUACACGGUGCGGGCGUGGAUAUUCUUUCCGCACCUUUCUGGAUUCAGGCCCUCCCUCGCCAAGCGAGCAGCUGGAUCAUUGCUCCCACAGGUCGCACGGCUUGGGGAUUAGAUUGGCACGGGCCCAGCAUACAGGAUACUUGGGGCACAGUUGAUGCGUUGUACUAUAUUUUGGUGAGCAGAGAUGCAUGGCACGGAUAUGCGCUGGCCGACCAGACACGUGUGCUUGUCCUUGGUCAUUCCAACGGCGGCCAAGGCGCAUGGUAUCUGGCGUCGAGGUAUCCGGAUAGAGUGAUUGCAGCGAUUCCUGCGGCUGCGUAUAUAAAAUCUCAGGCAUCUGCGCAUUUCAUUGAUCCUGCACUGCGAGCAAUAUUGGAGACGUCGUUCACGCCGGAUGAUAAUGAUCUAUUCUUAUCCAACCUCGUCGACACACCGAUAUUGGCAAUACAUGGUGGGAAUGAUGAAAACGUACCCGUAUGGCAUACGCGCGAAGCUGUGGCUAUUGUCAAGACAUGGAAUCCGCGCGCCAAUAUAACCUAUCAUGAAGAUCCACACCAACCGCAUUGGUAUCCAUCCGCUUUCGACAACGACCAUGUUCGUAACUUCAUGGAUUCUGUGUUGUCUCAAGACUCGAGUUUGAAUCUGGCAUCUCCGAAAUUCGAAGCUGGAUCCUUCACCUUGACCGUGUCAAUGCCGGCGGAGAGUGGUUCCUUGCACGGCUGGCAGAUCCACAGCCUCUUGAUCCCGGGACGGCUGGCUCGCCUUACCGUGCAAAUUCGUGACAGCGCCGUCUUUGUGCGUACGACGAACGUCCAGACGUUCUCUGUUCAGCACACGACAUUAGCUGCUGAAAGACAGCUGGUCAUUGACGACAAUGCCGUCUCCGUUAAGCCUCACCAGAAUUGGCCGGACGGAGUACAAUACUUUUCGUUAGAUGAACAAAAUUUCGUUCCGGCUCGCGCUUCUCAAUCGUCAGGUAGAAUGGCCAAGAUCCUCUCUACUGCUGCUCCUAUGGUUAUAGUUGUAUCUGACAUGAGCUCGGAACAUGCUCUGCUAUCGGCGCUGCAAAUUGCUCACAACCUGGACGUGUACCAUAAACUAGACUCGGAGAUUAUUGACAGUACUGAAGCGAUGAGGCGACAAAGCGCCGAUGAAUUAGGCUCAGGUAAUAUCGUUGUGCUCGGAGACUUGGGUUGUUCUUUCGCUGCGGCUGUUCUACGAGCAAGGCAGACGGCGUUCACAUACAGCGACGGAUUGCUCUAUCUGAGAGGCCGACCUCUACUCCAUACCUCGGCUACCUUAUUUUUACACCCCCACCCCAGUAAUCAGGAGGGGUCCAUGGUUUUUAUCCAGGCCAAUGAUGGUCUUGGAUUGGAGAGAGCGUUACGACUAUUUCCGCUGCGUACUGGCACCACGCUACCCGACUGGAUUGUGGUUGGCGAAGAUACAGACCACAUCGGAGCUGCCGGAGUUGAAGGUGCAGGUGUUUGGAACAGCAGCUGGGGCUGGAAUGACGCAUUGUCCUGGUUCUAA